AUGAGAAAAGGAGCGGAAAUUGAUUGUCUCCCCGUUGAUAUUCUUGCCCAUAUCUUCUUUCUCCUCGCCACUUUCAAGGAUUCAGCGUUGGCAAGCGGCGUGUGUAAGAAAUGGAAGCGUGCAGUGGAGCAGUCAUUGGCCUGGAGAAAUCGCAUGAGCUUUGCUAGUCUCAAUAUGGACGAUGAAUCCACUUCACGCCUCGUUCUUCAAGCAUAUAACCUCACCGACCUCGAUAUCUCAAGGAGUAGAUGGGGUUGUCAGAUAAGUGACAAUGGACUUUUCAAGAUAUCAUGUGCAAAGUGUUUGAACAACUUGACCUCCAUAUCUUUGUGGGGUGUGACAGGCGUCACAGAUGCAGGCGUUAUUUGUCUGAUUUCAAGAGCUAAGUCCUUACAACAUCUUAACUUGGGAGGCACCUUUAUAACAGAUGACUCUCUUAUUGCCAUUUCAAAUAGCUGUCCGCAUUUGAAGUCUAUUGGACUUUGGAGUUGUAGACAAGUUAGUGAAGAAGGACUGAUUAUUCUCGUAAGAAAAUGCCGAAAGCUCGAGUCCAUGAAUGUUUGGGGUACAAGAGUCCCUCGAGAAUGCUUCAAUGGUUUGGUUGCCAUUAGUCCCACACUUGAGAUUAAACAAAAAGGACUUCUCCUCAAUAUACAAAGGGCUCCAUUUUCGACAUUGCCUUCACAUUUCUAA